AUGUAAGAAUAUACAGUCAGAGAUUGGCAACACAAUUCAAGUACCUAAGAAACUCCUCAUAUAGAACUAAGUUACGAUUUCUACCACUCUGAAAUAUCUAACUUGAAAGCGCAGGUCAAUCAAUUUCAAUAAUACAUUUACAAACUGGAAGAGCAAUUCAAAGAAAAGAAUAAAAGAUUAUAAGUUUAAUUAGAUGAAUAGAUCUUGAAUAACAGAUAAUUGAAAUAAUAAAUAUUGACCUAUGAAUAAUAGUUGUAAUAAAGCGCAUUCAGAUAAAAAUUGCUAUUCUCAGGUUAAUUGGAAACCUUAAUAAAUGAAUUAGAUUAACUGACGUCAUUGAUGAAUUAAAAAAGUGAAAGGAUUGUAUAAUUAGAAUUUGAUAAUUAAGCAUUAUUGAAUCAGAUUUAUGAGUUAGAAACAUCUAUUGAAUAAUAGUAAUUUUAGUAUGAUCACUUUGAUCAACAAAAUAUUUUCAUUUUAAACUAAGUUGAUCAAUUGAAAUAAGAGAAGAAUGAAUUAAUAAUCAAGUUGAAUGACUCAUAAAUAAUGGUUCAAAAGUUAGCAGUUGAGUUAUAAUGUAAGUCAUCCUAAUUAUUGGAAAACAAUAAAUAAAAUCAAUUGCAAGAAUAGAUACGAGAUGAAAUUACAAAGGCCUAGAUGACUCAUUAAGAGCAAUUCAUAAAAUUGUUAUAAUAAGAAAUUAUAGAACUAAAAGAAUAGUUAAAGAACAAAUGA